AUGGCUAAGAUGUUCGAGGACGAUGUCAGAAACUUCGCGCUCAUGUGCUUCAAGAUCAAGCCCCAUGGCGGCAAAGGCAUGACGAAGGAGGACGCCGACGAGGCCAACCGUGAGCUCAUGGAGCGCCUCAACAGAGACGGCAAGGCGACUGGCAGCACACGGUGGUCGUGGCGACAGGAGGAGAGGCACGCCCAGAGCGUGUUGGAGCUCAUCAACAAGACGACCACAGAGAUCAUGGAGGAACAGAUCGUUGCAGUUGUGGAGUAG